AUGAUGCUUUUUAAGUUCUCCCUCCUUUUUUUGUCUGCAAUAAGCGCCAUUGUUUCGGCAGUUGCCGUGAAGCGAGCCCCAGGUGGAGUUGUCAAAAAAGCUGGUGAGCCUGUUGUGAUCGACCCCAAGGGCGAUUAUCUCCGUGUCAGCUUCAUGAACGACGGCAGCCUCAUAGGAGGAUACACCGCUAUUCAAGACAACGGGGAGAAUGUUCUGAAGACUGUUCGCUCAGUUGACGGGGGUGCGUCGUGGCAAUACCUCGGUGAAGUCUUCCGUGGACCGCGCGCUAAGCAUGAUAUCAACAACGCAAUGCCCCUACAGCUGCCGAAUGGGCGGGUCCUGUAUGCCUACCGAAACCAUGACCGUACAGGGGAUGACCUCCACUACACCUACUUCCGCAUCUCCAUCUCAUAUUCGGACGAUGGUGGCGUGAACUUCAAGUACCUCUCAACCGUGGAGGAGAAUGUUCCUGUUGCCAACACGGCCAGUGGUUUGUGGGAGCCCUUCCUCCGCCUGGCUAGGGAUGGAACUCUCCAGUGCUACUACUCAGCUGAGAACAAUGGCGAAGAUCAGGACGGUUUUAUGAAGUAUUCCAAAGAUAGGGGUGCCACCUGGUCAAACUGGAUUGCCGUCUCCGGAGGGGACGUUACCUCGAGAGACGGCAUGAUUGGCGUGGCGCCCAUCGACAACGAUGGUAACCUGAUUGCGGUAUUCGAAGAGACCCAGACUGGCUCCUUCCAAGUCUCAUACGUCCUUUCCCACGACGAUGGUUACACCUGGGGCCAGCGUGGCAAACUAUAUACGGCCCGAAACGGAGGCAUUGCCGGUGCACCCCAGGUCUACAAUGUCUGGGGCACACUGGUGGCAAGCUUCAUGACGAACGAGGAUAGGGCAGGCACGAGUGGCUAUGAUGGGGCGCAGAUGAAGGUCAUCACCAGCACGGAUGGCGCCAAGUCGUGGAGCGCUGGCACCGUCACCGGCGAGGUGGCUUCGCACUGGCCGGGCGUAUUCAACGUGGACCCGACACACUUCCUGGCGCUCUACUCGAAGGAUGGGCUUGGGAUUGUGACUCAGCGGUACGAGUUGACGAACUAG